UGCUUUGGGACAAUGGGAAUUUCUGAGUGAGAGAGAAAAGCUAUAUAAGUCGACAGAUUUCCGUAUUCAAAAUAGCACCAUCGGCAUCAGCUCUGAACAACCUCAGCCUUGAACAACUUCAGCUUUGAAAAUCACUUCCAAUCUCCCUGACGGAACCAACAAUAUGCGUUUCUCUACAGUCACGACUCUUCUUUUCGGCGGCAUUGCAAGCGCGCAAUUGGGCUCUGACAUGCCUAUAACGUGUCAGAAUGGUACGUUUUCAUGAUCCUGCCCAAGUUGCAAAUACUAAUGCAAGCUCCUACUACUAGGACAAGCGCCCAUUAUCACGUGUGGCAAUCCGGCUCCUGAAAUGUGUGGUUGCACCUGCAGUGAUGGAAUGAUGUUUAACCAGCCCAGACCUUCAUUCCCAGGAAACACAACUCCACCUCCGAUGCCAGCCGACCCAAUGCCGCCUCCACCUCCACCUCCCCAAGUUGAUCCUGAGCCGUACAAGUUUGCGUCCAAACCAUGCCUAGGAAGAAUCAUCUACGACUGGAAAGCUAUUGAGGGUGCCCAUCAGCCUAAUUCGCUCAAAAACGGUGAACUCGCAACCGACACAAUUGACAUUCCAGAAAAUGCCAUCUUGAUAGUGACCGAUAGGAACUUAAGAUGCGAGAUCUUUGAGGUAUCAGUCGACAACAAAGUCCUAGGUGAGACGUAUGGAACAGCUCCCCUCGACAACAAGCCGUGCGGAAAUGCAGACCAGUGCAUGAACAACAACGGAGGGGCGCACGGUUUCUUCUUCGUUCCAAAAGGUAAGUCAAGCCAAACCAGCUUCCGUGAUCGGCUUCAGCUAUAUUUUGCACAUACAUAUAAAAGGUUGGGGGCUAAUUCUCGAAAUCUUUAGGACGCCGUACAAUCGGUACCAGAUGGGUCAAGGUAUCAGAGGCAUGCAAGUAUCAUGCCAGUGGGUCUUCGCCUUACCAGAUACGCGCAAUGUGCUAGGUGGGCUAGUUUUGAGCUUGGGCAUGGCGGAAAGGCAUCUUUGAUGCAGGGCUGGUUGAUGCGGAGACUUUGGGGUUACUUGAUAAGUAAGGGUAAUGU